GCAGACUUUCCUCUGGCAAAAGUUUAGAGAAACGGAAAUUCUUUUCUUCCAGCAGACCUAUACGACCAUUUCCUCGUUUGCGCCCCUGAAGCUAAACUAGUGAAUAAGCAAAACCAACAGUCUUUGUUUUUUGCUUGUUCUCUCUCUUCUCCACCAUUUCGUUUCAAAUCACAUUUCGCUUAGUAUCUACGGAUUCACCAUUAUGGCCUACUGACUGACAUAAUUGUUUCAUAUCAAACAGGUUUUUUUUUCUUCCAUUUUAUUACACAUAGAAGAGGAAGUUUUGUUUUUUAGCGACUCCCACAAAUAAAUAAAAUUGUCUUGCCAACUUGCUAACUCAUAGCUAAUAGUCACAAGACCUUAAAUCAUCUCAUCGCAUUAAUUUCAUCUGUUAUAUCAGUUGACCACACACCCAGAAAAUGAGCGGAACUCUCGAAACAACCGCCAACUACUACGACGACAACUUUGUCCCUGGUACCACCAACAUCUUGGUUGGCAAUGAUGCCUCCUCCAUUGAUUCCAGCACCAGUGCCAAACCUUUGAAGAGAAACAAGGAUGGUAUCAUCUUGAUGCCUCAGCCCUCAGAAUCACCAAAUGACCCAUUGAACUGGUCUACCGGCAGAAAGAUGUGGCAUUUCGUCUUGUUGUCGUUCAUCACAGCAUUGACAGCUGCUACUUCCAACGACGCCGGCGCAGCACAGGAUUCGUUGAACGCAAUUUACGGUAUCAGUUACGAUGCCAUGAACACAGGAGCCGGUGUUCUUUUCAUCUUCAUCGGUUGGUCGUGUAUUUUCUUUGCCCCUGCCUCUUCUCUUUACGGUAGGAGAAUUACGUAUAUCAUCUGUCUUCUUGCAGGUACAUUGGGUUCCGUGUGGUUUGCCCUGUCCAGAAAAACGGCUGAUACCAUCUGGUCACAGGCAUUCGUAGGUAUGUCCGAAGCUUGUGCCGAAGCUCAGGUCCAACAAUCGUUGUCAGACAUAUUCUUUCAACAUCAAUUGGGUUCCGUUUUGACAGUGUAUAUCUUGGCCACCUCUGUAGGCUCCUUCUUGGGGCCAUUGAUUGCCCACUUGAUUUCCCAAUCACAGACGUUCAGAUGGGUUGGAUGGUGGGGUGCCAUUAUCUGUGGUGUCACCUUGAUUGUCAUCAUUUUUGGAUGUGAAGAAACUGUCUUCGACAGAAUGAAGCACUCCGUGGUCUACCAGUCCAAUAAUUCGGUAGAAGGAGAAGAAAACGACAAAAAGGAAGACCUCCAGAAAAUUGAAAGCUCCUUGGAAAAGAACGAAGACAUUGAAACAAAACAGAAUGAUGUCACUGAGUUUCUGUCUGAAACUCCAGUCGCAGACGCUGAAGCUCAAGUACAAGAGAAAUUGAAACCAUACCACAAGAGAAUAGCCAUCAUCACUCCUUCCCCAUACUUAGAAGGCUACGGUUUCAAGCAGUACGUCAAGAGAUUCAUCGUCUACUUCAAAAUCUUUACCUUCCCUGCUGUAUGGUUGUCUGGUCUCUUGUGGGGUUUGCAAGAUGCAUAUAUGACCUUCUUCUUGACCACCCAGGAUACCUACUUCUACGACGAUCCAUGGAACAAAAGUGAAACUGGGGUUGCUAUCAUGAACGUAGCCACAUUAAUUGGUGCUUGUAUUGGCUGUUUCAUGUCUGGUAUGUUGUCUGAUAAACAUGUCUUGUGGAUUGCCAGAAAGAAUGGAGGUAUCUACGAGCCAGAGUACAGAUUGUGGCUCUUGUUCAUCACCUUGAUCAUUUCUCCCGUUGGUUUGAUCAUGUUUGGCGUCGGUGCUGCCAGGGAAUGGCCCUGGCAGGUAAUCUACGUUGGGUUAGGGUUCAUUGGUUUUGGCUGGGGUUCCAUUGGUGACACUGCCAUGUCUUACCUUAUGGAUGCCUAUCCCGAAAUUGUCAUCCAGGGUAUGGUUGGUGUUUCCAUCAUCAACAACACCUUGGCAUGUGUUUUCACGUUUGUCUGCUCCUAUUGGUUGGAUGGAGCGGGAACUUCCAGUACCUACAUCACAUUGGCCGUGAUUGACUUUGUCUCUAUAGCAUUCAUUGUUCCAACCUUGUACUACGGAAAGAGCUGGAGAAAGAUGACUAAGAAACACUACAUCGAGAUGGUCGAAUUGACCCAAGGUAUGGGUUAAACUCGAGUCUCACACUAAUAGUUAUUUGUAGCUCUCAUGGUAGCAUCGGUAUAUAUUAUUCUAGUUUGCUAUCAUAUAGAUUAAGUACAAGUAAUGAAAAAUUGGUUUUUGAA